ACCUGUCAAUGCUCACUGAGGGAAGCUUGUUCGUGCUGUGGCUUCAACAUUUCUCCAACACUUGAUCACAACGAGUCUUUAUUUACCGAAGAUCCGAUCUGAUGUGAAGAAAUAAACUUAUUAACGGGAUCUUGAUCUUUUCAGCGCUGAUAUCGGGGUCCAGUUAUAAGGCCAGACGACACAGCUCAGCUUCUCUAAGGGGGCGUCUCUGAAGUGCACAGAUGACCUUCGGAACCUGAAUCUCGGCGCUCUGUGACGUGUGUGACGUGUUGUGACGUCAUGUCUGCACGCAACGUCGCCAGCGAUCUUAUGCAGAGGAAGAUCAGGGAGCACAGAUCGCUGGAUUUUCAGAGACAUCAUCAUGUGACGGAUCCCCUGAUAAAGCGUCUGGGCCUGGAGGCGGAGCUACAGGGUCACACGGGGUGUGUCAACUGUCUGGAGUGGAAUGAGAAGGGAGAUUUGCUGGCGUCUGGUUCAGAUGAUCAGCACGCCAUCAUCUGGGAUCCCUUCCGACACAAAAAGCUUGUCACUAUGCACACGGGACACGCGGCAAACAUCUUCUCCGUCAAGUUUCUCCCUCACUCGGGCGACCGGAUCUUGAUCACGGGGGCUGCGGACACUAAGGUGCACGUCCACGACCUGGAGGCGAAGGAGACCAUCCACAUGUUCUCUGAGCACACCAACCGCGUCAAACGCAUCGCUACGGCUCCCAUGUGGCCCAACGUCUUCUGGAGCGCGGCAGAGGACGGGAUCAUUCGGCAGUAUGACCUGCGAGAGAACAGCAAACGCUCCGAGGUUCUGAUCGAUUUGACAGAGUUUUGCGGGCAGCUGGUGGAAGCCAAAUGUCUGGCCAUCAACCCUCGUGACAACAACUAUCUCGCUGUGGGUGCAAACGGGCCGUUCGUCCGGCUCUAUGACAUCAGAAUGAUCCACAAUCACAGGAAGUCUUCGAGUCAGAGUACCUCGGCGGGCAUUCACACGUUCUGUGACAAGCGGAAGUCCAUACCAGACGACGCUGGGCAGUACUACGUGGCGGGUCACCUGCCCGUCAAGCUUCCAGACUAUAACAACAGAUUACGAGUUCUGGUGGCCACUUACGUGACGUUCAGCCCUGACGGCACUGAGCUCCUGGUCAACAUGGGUGGAGAACAGGUGUAUUUAUUCGACCUGACGUUUAAACAGAGGCCGUACACGUUUCUCCUGCCCAAAAAGUGUCAUCCUUCAUCAGAUGUACAGAACGGGAAAACCACAAACGGCAUGUCCAAUGGAAUUCACCUUCCUGCCAGCCGCCUGCGAUUGGCUCAAGUGUCCAGUAACUGCACUGAUCUGCCGCCUCACCUGGAGAGCAUCAAGCAGCAGGCGAAUGAUGCGUUCGCCCGCCAGCAGUGGACUCAAGCCAUUCAGCUGUACAGCCUGGCCAUCCACAAAGCCAGUCACAAUGCCAUGCUGUACGGAAACCGCGCCGCGGCAUACAUGAAACGCAAGUGGGACGGAGAUCAUUAUGAUGCCCUGCGAGACUGUCUGAAGGCUCUUACACUGAACCCCGGACAUCUGAAAGCUCACUUCCGCUUAGCCCGAUGCCUGUUUGAGCUCAGAUACGUGGCCGAGGCUCUGGAGUGUCUAGACGACUUCAAGGGGAAGUUUCCAGAACAAGCACACAGCAGCGCGUGCGACGCCCUGGACAAGGACAUCAAAGCUGCUCUCUUCUCCAAGACGGAGUCCGCCGAGGACAGAAAGAGAGACGGCUCCGUCCGCUUCCACAACUUCAGUCGGAAAGAGUCGAUUCCUGAGGACGAGAUCAUUCUGAGAGAGCGAAGCUUUGACUACAAACACCGCUACUGCGGCCACUGCAACACCACCACUGAUAUUAAAGAAGCAAACUUCUUUGGAAGUAAAGGUCAGUAUAUCGUGAGCGGCUCUGACGAUGGCUCGUUUUUCAUCUGGGAGAAAGAAACAACGAACCUGGUACGGAUCUUACAGGGAGACGAGUCCAUCGUGAACUGCCUGCAGCCGCACCCCAGUUACUGUUUUCUGGCCAGCAGCGGAAUCGACCCCGUGGUGCGACUGUGGAACCCCAGACCAGAGACGGAGAGCGAGAACUGUCGUGUGGUGGAGGACAUGGAGGGGGCGGCACAGGCCAACCAGAGACGCAUGAACGCUGAUCCGCUAGAGGUGAUGCUGUUGAACAUGGGUUACCGCAUCACGGGUCUGAGCAGCAGAGGCACGGACGCGUCAGACGAGGACGACAGCACUGACGGUCAGUUCUUGCACAUGACGGUGAGGGAAUGAACGCACGGAGUGCGGAUGUUCGGAGAAGCUUCUCUCAGUCCUUCACAAAUAAGACCUCCCGUCCGCUCUUUCCCACGGUGAGGUGCGCACCUCGGUGAAGUCAGAGCUCUUACAGCCCAUGCAGAAGCCGGUCAAGUUAAAGCUCGCUUACAAUGUGCUCAGUCUUCUCUCUAACGCAGGGCUUGCAAACAGGCGCUGCAUCCUCUUCAGCUCUGCAUUUCAUUCUUUUAGAACGAGCGUGAAGAUGAGCGUCAGACGACAGUACGUUUAAUGAACUGCGGCACUUUCUUUUCAGUCUAUUCUGGAGUUUUUUUGACUGCUCGGCAGGUUUGCUGGGGCUAAGUGUGUUCUGUUGUUUAUGAUGUUCAUGCUCAGAUGUUUUAUUUUGUACCUUUAUCUUCACUUGUUGGGAGGCCAAAUGCUGCUCUGUCGUCUAAACCUGAGAAGAUUACACACGUGAAGUUCUUGUGUUCGAUGGAAGAGCCAGCUGAAAAUUGCUUUAUGUGUUCGAUUUAAACACCUAAAAAUGAUUAUGGCUUGAAUAAGAAUUACUUCUGCACAGAAGGAAGGAUAUAAAUAGAGAUAAAAGAUGAUAUUUUUGCAUUGAAUAAUGAGUGUUGGUCUAAUUCCACUGAUGUUCAGAAACUGUCUGUGUGUCACAUCAUCAGUCUGUUUGUUUCUAUAUUUUUGGUUCGGUGAUUUCAGUGCAGUUUAAUGCAAUGUUUGAAAAAAAUAAAUGACACUUUUGAGUUCUGCAACA